UCGAUAUUUUCCGCUUCAACACCUCACGCUCUCGUGAAUAGCACGUUGCCGUCACCCAGGGACCGCUGUAUGACCACGUGGUCCAGUUAGCCAAUAAGAAGGCUUCCGGCAAACGCGCGCAACUUGAUUCAGGAAGUACGUGUUUAAGAUUUCAGCUCGUCUUCGUGUUUGAAAGAAAUAGUUCUCAAAUCCACAAACCUCCUGUAUGUUUGGAUACUAAGGACAAUAAUUAAUUGGAAAAUGUCCGGUAGUAGCGAGACAGCAAACAUAUCGUCGCUUGGGAAGGGUGACACUUUGCAUCAACAGGUCCUCGCCUCCUUUCCACUGUGUCACAUGACUGAAGAAGAUCUGAUCCAGAACCCGCAGUUUUGUAAACUCCUGGCCACUCUGGCACAGCAUGUGGAUCAAACCGGACUCACCGCUCCGCUGAAAACAGAGCUGGACAAGGCUGAAAAGAAGCUGCAGAUUCAGAAACUUCAAUGGCUGCGCUCCGAGAGCCUGCACAGAGGGCUGCAGGAGAUGAUCCAGAACCACUGUGUCAGGAAGCACCAUGCCACUGUACCCCCUGACCAGAACAUGUUCUAUGAGACGAUGGAGAGGUGUCUACUGGUGGCUCAGUGUGUCAGGCAGCUGGAUCCCAGUAACACAACAAACCAGGACCAGCCGUCGGUCCUGGGCCUGACCCCCCAGCUCGUGAUGGAGCUCAUGCCUUCCGAGAAGAAUGUACAAAGUCUGAAACAGGGUCUACCAAGACAGCUGGAGAAACAUCUCAAAGAAAAGUGUCUGAGCCUUCUCUCUUACCAUCAGCCUGAAUGGGAGCAUGAGAGCGAGGGUCUAAAGAUGGCCAAGCUGUCUCAUCUGUCAGCACAGCUGGACAAAGAGAAGAAAAGAGCAGAAAGUCUGAAGGAGACGUGCAGAGAAAACACGGUUCUUCUGCAGAGACAGACUGAGCUCUACCUCACUGAGCUGACAAAGUGCAUUCAGCUUCUCCAGUCUUUCAUCUUGAACCACAGGCUGAAGAUCCAGACAGAUCUGGACAGGAAGAAAUUGGAUUACUUUGAAGGCAAAUGUGAAUUAAUCUUGCAGAAGAUAAAGGCGGAGAUGGUGGAAAUCCAGCUGGAUACAUACACGCCUGACUCGAUUUCUGCUCACAGAAAAAUAAGGGAGAAGCUGGAGUCUGAGCUGAAGGCGUGUAAAGCGGAAAAGCAGUCUGUCGAGUUAAAGCUGGCCUCCUUCGAGAUCUUGGGCAAAGACUUUGAGGCGCUGGCCGAGGAGUACUGCAGAUUACGGCAGGAGAUGGAGAUGAAGAACUGGGCACUGAAAGAAUUCACCCAGUAUAACGACUAAGUGAAGGGCGUAUCUGAUGCUGACACAUGUUCAAAACAGAAACAGUCUGAUUCUUCUUCCCUCUGCCAGAGCUGCAACGUCCUUUGACAUCAUCUACGAGCUGAGUCCAUUGAUUCAUCUGGCUUAAUUAUUGAUACUUUGCUGAGAUCAUCAUGAUGAGGGCAUGAAUAUUAAUUUGUGCCAAGAAGAUGCAAAAUUGCAUUUUUUAUUUUUUUUUAAUCACCCUGCAGUCAUAAAGAAUCCUUCAAAAAAUUCCAGAUCCGCAUUAAGUUGACUCCGAAACAUUUGCUGGACAAAAUGUUUGCAUGACCUCCACAUGUUUGAGUAAUGCAGAGAUUAAUAAAGCUAUUCAUUUGAAUAAGAAGCACUGUUACAAUAAACUUAUAUCUUUCAUGUGGCUACAUUAACAUUUUGGAUUGCUUUCUAAUAUUGACAUUAUUGUUAUUAUUAUUAGUGGAAAUUCAUACAUCUUUAUGGACACUGAAAAGUGUGCAUGUCAGUUGUAGGUGGAAGAGCAUGAGUGAAGCAUCUAUUCAGUGCCUCGGUCCAACGUUGUCUGAAGAUAAAAGUCUUCCUUUAACAGUUUAUGUAACUAUGUAAUAUAAAUUUUCAAUUCAUUUAUUAAACUUACUAACAGCCUGUGUUCAUAUUGUUGUUUCU